AUGACCUACAGCACUACUAUUGCGCCAGCGGCGGCGGCUGAAGGACAUGCAGUUGAUGAUGUGUCGGUGUUGGCGGCUAUGAGGCCGAGCAUGGCGACGUGGUGGUUCCCGAGGGCCCAUCAGCCGACACAGAUUCCUCAACCACAGAGAGAUAUUAUCGAGCAGAGAGGCGCGGUGGUGAUGGAAGUUGAUGAUGAAGUGCAGGUGCUGCAGGAGCGUUACUUCCAGCAAGCUGAUCUGUCCCAUUCGGCUAUAAUCACAUUCGAUGCUCUCGGGGUUAGCGGCCACCCCAACCAUAGGAGCGUGCAUGCGGGCGUUGCUGUUUGGAAACGGCGAUAUGGGGGGACUAAAAUGAGAGUGUUCAAUCUCGAGUCGGUGAAUAUUUUGCGUAAAUAUUUCCUCCCGUUUGAUCUCCUUUUCCUCCACCUUGCGGCAAGGCGAACGAUUAUUGUGAGUAAUGGGGAAGAUCCUAUGGCCCUGUACCGCACUAUGAAGAUUUAUCAUAGCCAAGAUGUGUGGUUUCGGAAGCUCUUUGCGGUGUUCUCAAGAUAUGCUUAUGUCAACACUAUAGUUGAGGUUUGA